AUGUACUACGCCUCCAAGCACGCCGUGCGCGUGCUGACGGAGGGGCUGCGGCAGGAGCUGGUGGUCGCCAAGUCACGCAUUCGAGUAUCAGAGGUGAGCCCGGGCUUGGUGCACACCAGUAUUUUUGAUCCUCUCGACAUAAAUCAGAAGUUGCUCUGGAACUCUCCACAUCUUAACCCUGAAGACAUAGCGGACAGCGUUCUGUAUGCCAUUGCGUCUCCAGCUCACGUUCAGAAAAUGGAAUUAUUAUGAGGUCAACUACAGAACAAACUUUAGACACAGCCAUUAACAUUCCAGUAAGCAAUAUAAUCAAAAGUACUACCACUGUGAUUGUGGUCAAAUAAAAGUAUGAACAUUCCG